AUGUCCACUAGCAUCGACACCAACGCCCCCACCGGUGCUCACACCGCCGGCCUUAACCCCACCCCCUCAUCUGCCACUACCUACGGUGCCACCGGCUCAACAAACCCUUCCCAAUCUGGCACCACCAACCCGCCCACCACUCUCGACCCAACACCAUCUUCCGCCACCACCGGCGAGCCUACAACUACGUCCGCUACUGCACAUGACCAACCGCCACCACACAACCAGCCUGGGACUGGUGUGCAGAGCGAGGACGCGGGGACGGGUGCGAAUGAGGAGUACCCGGAACAGAAGCAUGCGGGUGCGGUGGGAUAUGGACCAAAUUACGGAAAAGGAGUGGGUGUGGGUGAGAAGCUCGGAGGCCUUACGGAGGAAGUCAAGGGCAAAGUGCUGAAGAAGCCCGAGGCCGUCCAGCACGGUCAUGAUCGUCGUACGGGAGAGCUCAAGAAGAAAGAGGAGGAUGCUGCCGUACGUAUCAACUCGAGUCCCUUCGAGAACAAAUCAGAACAUGCACCAGCACCAGCGACUAGCGGAGAGACGGAGCGCGCUGCCAUGACAGCCCCCGAGGGCACGGAGCACGGUGAGAGGCAGAAAGCUCAAAGGGGCGAAGGGAAGACGAAGAUGAUUUGA